ACCAGCCAAAGCACAACAACAACAAAAACCGUCUCCCUGCCUGUCUGUCUUGCUUGCCUUCCUCUCUUCCUCCUCUUCCUUCCACCCAUCCUCCUCCCCCUUCCAUCCUCGAUCUGUCUCCUUCCCCUCGCCGGCUGAGCCACACCACGAGAUGGCGGACGCAGUUGUGAAGCUUCAGACGUUUGUGGCCCAUGCUGGGCAGGUCAACUGCGUGAGCAUUGGCCGCUCGUCACAUCGGUUCAUCGCCACAGGCGGUGAUGACCGCAAAGUGAACAUUUGGACUAUCGGUAACCCCGCCGCGCGCGUGUCACUUGUUGGACAUACGACGGCCGUGGAAGCUGUGCAGUUUGACAGCCAUGACCAAACGGUGGCCGCCGGCUCGUCUUCUGGCACUUUGAAAAUUUGGAACAUCGAUCAACCAAAGAAAUCACACACGCUGACCGGGCACAAGUCCAAUAUCCGCUGUCUCGAGUUUCACCCUUUCGGCGAGUUUAUUGCCUCGGGAUCCCUCGACACCAAUCUCAAGAUCUGGGACAUCAAGCGCAAGGGAUGCAUCCAAACGUACAAAGGGCACACGGACGCCAUCAACUGCCUGCGCUUCAGUCCCGAUGGCCACUGGGUUGUGAGCGGGUCUGAGGACGGUGCUAUCAAGCUGUGGGACCUGACGGCGGGAAAGCUCAUCACAGAGUUUCGUGAGCACCGCGCCGGCAUCACCUCGCUCGAGUUCCACCCGAACGAGUUUUUGCUCGCGUCCGGCAGUGCAGACAGGACGGUCAAGUUUUGGGAUUUGGAAUCGUUCAAAUGUGUAUCAACAUCGCACCCCGAGGCAUCACCGAUCAAGUGUUUGGCGUUUUCGGAUGACGGACAAGCAAUUUACAGCGGCGGCAACGACUCAUUCCGGCUUGUACGUUGGGAGGGGACUGUACAUAUUAGUUCAUAUGCACUCACUUCAUGCCGAGAGUUUAUUAGUGAUCUGGCCACAUCUGCAUACAAGGACAGCGUGUCUGUGUAUCUCGUGGACCUGAAGCGCGUCAACCACGACCGCGCAAACGCAAAGCAGACCAUCCCAACACCACUCGCACAGCAACAACAACAGCAACAACAGCAGCAGCAGCAGCAGCAGCAGCAGCAAACACCAUAUGCGCCGCCCGCAGUGGAUGUGUCGUCGACGUCGUCAGCAGCGCAGCAGUCAGCGGCGGUGGACGAGGGUGCAGGGGAGCUGGGCUUGACUAGCGGCAGCGGGAAGGCGCUGUGGAACAAGACGGACCGCGUGCUGAUUCCCGCCGUCCGCGAACGUCCGCUCGACCUCGACUUCAACGCUUUCUUGCCAGCGCCGCUUGCACAGGCGGCGGUGGCGGCGGAACAGUCUGAAGAUGAUGUGCUGCAGGCGACAGGCCAGGGCCACAGCACCAUCAUGGCCGUGAUGGGCACACGCGUGCGGCACGUGCAGACAUUCAGGCGCAUCUGGGAGCAAGGGAACCGCAGGGUCACGCUGUCGGAUGUGCUGGCCAUCCUCGUUGAUGAGCCGACGUCAUGGACGCUUGAUCUCGCUGUCGCCAUCGCCCCGGCGCUGGAGAACCUCGUCCGCAGCUCAUACGACAGUUACGUCGUGAACGCAUGCAACGUCAUUGCUCUCAUCACCAAGAGUUUCGGCACCCUCAUCAGAGAUUCUGUGCGUACGCCGCCGUCCGGCCAUGGCAUAGACAUCACGCGAGAGGAGAGCAACGCUGACGACUACCCACCACGCCUGCGCCUGUCCUCCAACAGACACGAAAAGUGCUCGCUGUGCUACGAGAACCUGAUGGUUGCGCGCGAGGCGUUGAGCGAACGCACGGGGGCGACGGGCAAAGUUGGCAGCGCCGCGCGGCGGGCCGAGAAGGCGCUGUCCAUCUUCGGGCCCAUGCAAACAUCGUGA